GCCAUCGAAGGAAGAGGUCCCUGGAUACUAAGCGUCUUGGUUUAUUUAGAACGUCCCCCUUUUUAAACAAGUGAAAGCGAAAGGAAAUAGCAUACCAGUGAUUUCGAAAACGAAUAAGUGUGAAAUUCUGUUUUUCAAAAGUAGUUACUUAUAGCCGCCAAAGAAAAAGGGCUCAAGUUCAGUUCGAUUUGAUUUAUUUUUUUUUUCCAAUGCACAAAUGAGGACAUGUAAAGCAACGCAUUAAACGGGAGAAAAAGAAAAUCUUUUCUCAGCUUUGGUGUCACGGAGAAGUGUAUCAAAGGAUUUAACCCAAAGCCCUCAACGAAAAGGCAACGUUCAAACAUGAGCGAAGAAGAACAGAAGUGAAAUUUUCAGAAAAAAGAAAAGAAAAUCAUUUUGUCCCAUUUUUGUCGAGGGAGUAUCUAUCUGUCUCUACACGGUCUUAUAAAACAGGAUACCUAUCAGUACUACAUACCCCGAAGGUAUACGACAGAAGUUGAGAAAUGAUGAGUUUACACUGGAUGAGAUCGGGAAUGGGCGUACGGGCGGCGGUGAUCCUGAUGCUGCUGGUGCUCGUGGGCGUCACUCAGGCAAUGCAGAGGCGCUCUGCCUCUGCCAGCCCUACGCCCACGCCCGAUCCAAACCUGGCCGCCCUUACAGGACUGGGAGGAGGAGGAAUUGGCGCGAUAUCAGGUGGCGGCGCCAGUUCGAACGGCAACGGCAAUGGCGGGACGUGCAACAACCAAGACCUCCUGACGAACCUAUUGGUAUACCAGUACCUCUCCGGAUCCAUACCCAACGGUGGGCCGCCCGGGUCGAACCCUCAACUCCACGCUCUUCUCGGGUCUGCGGGCCCAGCAACGACCACCGUAACCAGCGUGUCAACGACCCUAACGACCCUAGUUGUAGAAGUAGAACCAUCUACCCACUACAUGACCUCCACGACCUCCUACGUCACGACCCUGACAUCGGUGGAGACCAAGAUUAUCCCGGUUCUCUUCAGGGGAUCCAAGAUCACGACCACCAUCAGCGAGUCGUCAGAAGAGGUCAUCACAGCAACGGAGUUCUUCACAGAAACAUCCGUCCACUCCCCGUCCAUCGUCCAAACCCUGCCUGUCCACAUCACCAUGACAGCAACGAGCACUCGUGGCUUAAACGGACAGUACACCCUGCAUGAACUGACCCCUGGGCCAACAUCAGUUAUCCAUCAGCCAGUUUCAACGACUACUUUCGAUUUCGACGCAGCUGGGCUAGAUAUAGGGAGUCUGGACCUCUCACAGAUCGAUAUUGCUAGCUUGACCAGUGGAGGACUCGCCGGAUUAGGCCUCCCUGGUGAUGACAAUCAGAUGCUGUCUGUUCUAUCAUCCCUUUUGCAGAACUACGAUGACGCAGGCGCUGCAGAUGCUGGCUUUGAUUCAUUCCCAGGUACCCGCUUUGGCAGCAAUGGAAGAAGUGCCGAUGGGAGGAGGAAGAAUCCUUUCAGCAGCAGAAGAACAAGAUUCGAAGAUACUUUCCAGAAUGACUAUGCAGAUUAUGACGCCCCUGUUGAUGACCCUCCAAAAUUCAACGUCCUGCCUGGAUUCACACUAAGCGACCGCGUUGCUAGCUCUGGUUCCAGCUCGGGCUCUGGAUCUGGGAGUGCUGCCACAGACACAAGGUACAGCAAAUACCACAGAAAAGACAGGGUUGACAACAAUGGCAUUGCAACCACAACUGAUGCAAACACUCGAGAAGGUGAAAGGUUUUCUGCUUCAACUCGUCGCAGAACCUUCUCCAGGACAUCAAACAACCAACGUCCAGCAACAGAGGACAGAACUUCUCGGCCUCCUAGCACACGUUUCGUACCUGCAGCUGAAUCUCAGUACUUUGAAGAUGGCCCACCCAAAUUCCGGCCGUUUGGAGCUAGAAGUGAUCGAGAAAUAUCAUCUCGCCGUCGAUCUGGUGUUCAAGAUACUACUACUUCUACUGCCUCACGACCAUCCUCGUCAGCACGACCCAAGGCAACUCAGAGACAAGAAGUUCCAGCUGAAACACCGACAGAAAACGUACGCACAACUGUUCUUACAAUGUACUUGAGUGGAACAGUACCAGGUGAAUUCAGUACAUCUCUCCGGACUGUUACUUUACGAUCCCUCGCUACGCGUCGGCGCCGAGAUACCAGUGAAGAACCUGUUACGAAGAUAGCUACAACAGCAUCAUCUUCCCUGCCGAUAACAGAAAAUACAAUUUUACCAGACGUUCUCCCUGGUGGAGUAAACUCUAAAGAAAUAGUCAAUUUACUCAAGACCUUAGACCCAGCUCAAGUUAAGCAAAUGCUCAAGUCCCUUCAAAAAUGGGUUGACUAUUACAAUCAUGAACUACUGGAUGAAGUAGAUAAUAAACAAGAUAUCAAGCGAGAUACCCAAGAAGAGACUAAAAUUAAUGAUGCACCACAGCUUACUUCAUCCAUCAAUGUAGAAAAUACUGAAACCGAAAAUGUGGCCACAACAGCUCUGCCACUUUCACCAUCAGCAAUUUCCGGGGAGCCCAGCUCCUCCAUGUUAUGCUACCCACCCCCCACAGUCACGGAAACAGUGUACCGCACCUUUGUCAUUACCUCAGGUCUGUCUCCAGCUUAAACUGCUCGGCAUUGCAUCACUUAAAACAAUAAAAAUGAGGAACUUUUCUUCCUCACUGAUAUCGAGUAACUGCCACAGAAAGCAUCAGUAGCGCUGUGCAGUUCAUACAAUUUCCUCAGAGGCCCAGUGAUAUUUAUGAGUGAAUGUGGCCAGGCGUUCUUCAUGAGCACUGGCCUGCCAAUAGCUGUACAUAAAUCGCUUAUUUGAACCUGGCCUGUAUAUAGUAGCAUGUACGUUAUCGUGAUCAAGUUUGUGUGUGCAGACAGACAUAGUACGUGUGUGAGGCCCACCCAGCUCAAAUAAUCCAAAUGCCUCAAGGACGUCGUCAAGAGCUCGGCUGGAUUUCCCGCUUUAACGAGCUCCCAGCUGUGUUCUAAAGCGUGUAGAUGUUAAGUCUUGGACUCUUUUCUCUCCUCUAUGAUGUAUCCUCUAGUUCGUCUAGCUCUCUUCAACGAAUCUCACUCGUCGUAUGAACUUCUUAAAUGCGGUCGUGAGAGUUAGAAAGAUCUAGAACCCUUGACUCCCAGAUUCCGUGACCUCAAAAUACCGAAUCUUUGUGACGAUGACAAGUCGUGAUACCCCGAUAGUCUUCUGCUGUCGGGGCAGAGACUUGGAAGUGAAUCAGAAAACACUGGUGGAUUCUGUCGUUAGACCAGAUCUGUCAGAUGAUGCCGUGUCAUUUCAGGGAUGCUGCUGUGUGCAACGAGAAAAAUACAAUGACGACUUCAACUUGAUUACUUCUGACCCCAAUCUACGGUAACAGGUCGUCCCUGGAGGGAUCACCUUGUCUUACUUUCUAGAAUCAAUAACCUGUUCAUUAUAUCAUCUUGGUCACCAGAAAUACUCGAUUUCGAAGUCCCAGUACAGCAGUUAUUGUCCCGUGGUUGAAAAUGUAUAAAAUGAUAGAGAACUUCCGUAACUCUACAAUGAUGAAGUUGUAUGAUUUUUACGUCAUCAGACAAUUCCCCACCCUAAACAACGUCGAGAAUUGGUCUCUUGACUUGCUUAUCCCCAAAACAAUUUAGUAUCGCCUUUUACCGAAGGACACCAAUACAAUUAGUUAUCAUCUAAUGAGGGAACGUCCAUGUAAUUCAGUAUUACUUGCAUUGUUACAUCCCAGCUUUUUCAGUAAAGACCCACUUGAAAAGUUCCCGUUUAAUGUAAUUCAACAUUGUUUAAUCAAAGCCAUGUGUAUUUCGUAUAUUAUGAAAAACAUGACGCGGAAGAUUGUCCCAUAACAAGCACGUAGUUUUAAAAUGUUCAGUUGUGACGGCAAAGAAUCACGGGAGUUUUCCCAGCAAUUGACCUCUAGAAGUGUUUUGCUGUAUUUUGAAGAGAUUUCUGGUGACGUUUUCUCCGAUCGCGUGAUAUAUGAUGUAUUGCCGAUUUGAUACAGUAUUGUAUGAAUUCAUAUUCUUCUUUGUUAUAACUGUAGAGUCUAUAUUUAGCUAUAUAUUUUUCAAUUGCUUUUCGUGUGUGUUUGUGCCUGCGUGUGAGUGUGUUUACAUACUGGAUUUUGCUCCAAGGGGCAUUGAGUAGGAAUUCAGUGGUUUUAUUUUUAUUAUAUCAAUUUAUCAUUAUUCUCAUUAUUAUUUUUAAUGUUACUGUUCGAGAAAGAUGAAGCGCCGAGAUCAUUCAUCCCCGAGUCAAGAUAUUUUCAUUUUUCCUCAAAACCGUUUGGUUUUUUCGUCACCCAAUCGGCAAUCUCAUUGGUGUUUGGUGUGAGUGUUCCAAACGAAUGAUUUCGAGAGCGAACGAUUAAUUCGGAGAGAAAAAAAAUCUCAAUUCAAAACACUGAAAUUCAUACCUGGAAAAUAUUCUGAUAUCUUAU